AUGGAAAUGAUGUUAUCUGUGUACGCAACCUACGAUUUAACCCCACGGAUCGCUCUGAAUCUCGAUAGGCAUUUGGUGUUUCCGUUGCUGGAGUUCUUGCAAGAGAGUCAGCAAUACCCAGAUGAGCAGAUCUUGAAAGCAAAGAUGGAGCUGUUGAACAAGACGAACAUGGUUGAAUACGCCAUGUCCAAAUUUAUCACCAUCCACAAGAGCCUCUACCACACCAAUGAUGUUCCCCAGGACAUGAUCGACAGGAGAGUCGAGGUUGUUGCUCGUCUUAAGGCUUUGGAAGACGUCGCCGCCCUUAUCGUCACUUUCCUGCAGAACCCUAACGCUGUCCAGGAAUUGCGUGCUGAUAAACAGUAUAAUCUCCAGAUGCUCAAUGACAGUUACUGGAUUGGUCCAGAUCAGAUAGAGGCAUUGUGUCAAUAUGCAAAAUUCCAGUUUGAAUGUGGAAACUACUCGGGUGCUGCUGAUUAUAUGUAUCAGUACAGGGCUUUAUGUACUAACAGCGAAAGGAGUUUGAGCGCUUUGUGGGGGAAGCUGCCAGCUGAGACACUGAUGCAAAACUGGGAUAUUGUUCUUGAAGAACUUAAUCGUUCGAAAGAAAUAAUCGAUUCCAAGAGUUUCUCAUCGCCUUUGAACCAAGUUCAGAGUAGAAUAUGGCUUAUGCAUUGGAGCCUCUUCAUCUUUUUCAACCAUGACAAUGGAAGAACACAGAUCAUUGACCUGUUUAAUCAAGACAAGUAUGUCACUUCAAUAACUAACCCUAAGAUCUCAUUAUUUAUGUAG